AUGUAUGACUCUCAUUUGAGGAAAAUAUUCGGCAGCCAGACCGACGAAUUCCGCCAGUCGAAGGUGCUCAUGGUCGGUGCCGGAGGAAUUGGAUGCGAAUUGCUCAAGGACCUGCUUCUGAUGAAUUACGGCGAGAUACAUAUUUUAGACCUUGACACAAUCGACCUGUCCAACCUCAACAGACAGUUCCUGUUCCGCCAGAAAGACAUCAAGAAAUCCAAGGCCAUGACUGCACAGCAGGCUGUCAGUCACUUCAACCACGCCAGCAAACUGGUUGCGCAUCACGGAAAUAUAAUGGACACCAACAUGUUCCCGUUGAGCUUUUUCACCCAGUUUGACAUUAUCUUCAAUGCGCUGGACAAUUUGGAGGCGAGAUUCUUCGUCAACAAAAUUGCGCUCUUCACAAAAAUCCCACUCAUUGAGAGCGGUACCUCGGGAUUGAAGGGCCAAGUUCAACCCAUCUACCCCUACGAAACAGAGUGUUUUGCGUGCAUUCCUAAAGAACAGCCCAAAACGUAUCCUGUCUGUACUAUUCGUUCGACGCCUUCCAAGCCCAUCCAUUGUAUCACCUGGGCGAAAAACUUCCUGUUUACACAGCUCUUUGGAGACGAUGUCUCCGACCAGGAUAAGCUGAAGCCUCAGGAUAUUGAGAGCGAUAACAAGGCUGAAAUAGAGGCACUACUAAAAGAAUCGAAUGAGUUGCUGGAUCUUAAAGUUCUGAUUAAUGAAGCUGUUCCGGGAGAUAGGAGCUCUGUGUUAAAAAUUGUUGAGAAAAUCUUCAAAGAGGAUAUCGAGAGACUUCUAAGGAUCGAGACUCUCUGGAAGACGAGGGAAAAGCCAGAGCCAUUGAAUUGCGAACCGGCCAAGAUUGAACGUCUUGAUGAACAAAAGCUUUGGACGGUGGAGGAGAAUCUUGCGCUUUUUAUUGACUCCACCUGCAAAAUUGCCCAUCGACUCAAGCAGGGUCCCGUUGAAUUUGACAAGGACGACGAAGACACGUUGGACUUUGUGGUUUCUGCGGCCAAUCUACGGUCGUACAUCUUCCACAUUCCAAUGAAAACAAAGUUUGAGAUCAAACAAAUAGCAGGAAACAUCAUUCCUGCAGUGGCCACCACCAACGCCAUCAUGGCUGGAUUCAGCGCGCUUUCUUCAAUCCAUCUUUUCCACGCGACAAUGCAAGAAAAAGUGUCCAAGUCGAAAAUGGUGUACGACUCGAAUCAACCCACCAGGUUUGUGAAUACGUCGGGGUUGGCUGCUAAAAACCCUAAAUGUCCAGCGUGUUCUGUAACUAGAGGCAUAAUCAAGAUUGAUCUUUCAAAAUUGACAAUAGACGAGCUACGCAAAGCGGUCAUUGACAGAUACGGAUACUCAGAUGACAUUGGCAUUGCAGAAGGGACGAGACUGCUUUACGAUUACGAUUUUGACGAUAACCUCGGAACGAAGCUGGAUAAGGUCUGCUCUUACGGCGAUGUGUUGUUUAUAACUGACGCUGAUGAUGAGCUAGACUCUUUGGAAUUAUUGGUGGACAGAGGAGAUAAGUUGGAAUUGCCAGAGUUAGAGGUUCCUGCGAAAACGGUACCAGAAGGAAAUAAGGAGGAAGAAGGCGAGGAAGACGACCUGAUCUUGGAGGCAGACGAUCUCAUUAUGGAAGGUGACAUAAACGGGCUGGACGGUCCUAAACGUAAAGCUGAGGACGACACGGUCCCAGUGAAGAAGAGAAAACUAGCAGUGGACGAAGUCGAAGUCAUAGAACUAUAA